AUGGUAUCUCAACUCCAAGGGAGUUGGCAGAGUAGAGAUUUGUCGAAAACUCCUAGUGGUACUGAGGACGUGUCUGGAGUGUACAAAUCAUGCAAAUCAUCAGCAGCCAGUGCUAGUCCCAAAAUGAAGGCAGAAAGGGAAGUAUUCUCAAGAGGUUUCACCACGCUAGAGUUUUUCAACAUUUUCUGCUUUCUUGCAGCACUCACAGUGCCAGCAGAAGGGGUGAAUAUAACGGGUCACAGCCAGAACACACUGGGAGUUGUAGGGGAAUCAGCAUUGCUGUCUAUACAUUACACCACCAUCAGCUCCGAGACCCCAGUCAUUCAGUGGCAGCUGAAGCGAGACAAGCCCAUCACCCUGGUCCAGUCCUUUGGCACCCGUAUCCUGGGCAAGCUGCGGCCAGAAUACAAGGACCGGAUCGAGAUCUUUAGGAACGGGUCACUGCUGAUCCACAACCUGCAACUGGACGACGAGGGAAUGUACGAAGUUGAGAUCGCUAUCACGGAUGACGCUUUCACCGCUGUGAAGACCGUCAAUCUCACUGUAGACAUCCCCGUCAGCAAGCCCGUGGUGAUGUUAUCCUCCUCUACGGUGCUGGAACUGAGCGAGUCCGUUACCUUUAACUGUUCGAUUGAGAACGGCACCAAGCCGACGUAUAUCUGGCUGAAGGGAGGGAAACCGUUGGACAUCGACACCAGACUCACUCUAUCCAAGGACCAGCAGAUCCUGACCAUUACCAGGGUCUUCAUGGCGGAUGAUGAUAUCUACAGCUGCAUCGUGCAAAACCCCAUCAGCAGCUCUCGCAGUGUGCCCGUCAAACUCACGGUGUACAGGCGGAGUUCUUUAUACAUCAUUCUCUGCACCGGGGGUAUCUUUCUUCUGGUUACCUUGGUAACCGUGUGUGCCUGUUGGAAACCUUCCAAAAGAAAUAAAGGAAAAGGAGACAAACAGGGAUCUUCGGAGAAUGUGGAUCGUAAUGAGGAUCAGGGGAAGCAUGAAGAGCUGCUACCGAAAGUGGGGCCUGAGCGCAAGAAUCCAGUGGCUUUGUACGUCAUCAAAGAAAAGGAAUCCCCAGAAGGUGAGGACGAGUACCAAAGUGAUUCCAAAGGCACAGCCGAGCCGGCCGGCUUCUCGGGUCCCUCCAUGUCUCCGCCCAGAUCCACGGCACACAUGGGCCGCUCUCCCCGGAGGUACAAUAAGUCUCCUGUCCGAUCCCCGAGCUCCACCAGAGCACACAAGUCCCCCAGUCGAUCCCCCAGCUCCCCGGCCCACCAGAGAGGCUCCAGCCGAGUCCUGCGGCCGGCCGGAGUCCAUAUGAUCAAGGAGCAAGACGAGGUCAAUGUGGAGAAUUAGCCCGUCAAGCCCCUGGUCUUCUCUCGUGGUUGUAAAACAAGGCGUAGGUGCUGAGUUAUGAGCACAGAGCACAUGCUGCGACCUUGCUCCAUCACUGCUUUUUUUUUCUGGGUGUUUUACAUAUACAUACGUCCCCGUAACCCCGUCCCUGAUAAUGGUUUCACACCUAAAGCCCUAGUUCCCAGCAGGUAAACAAGGGCCGAACACUCCAUCCGUCCAUCCAUUCAUUCAUUCAUUGCCCUCAGAUCUCAGGGCAGGAAUACACCUCCCUCAGUACCUCUGCCUGAGUUACCCAUUGCCAUUUGGGUGGGAGUUGAGGGUGAGGAGGAAAUUGCUCACCCAUUGACCUUCAAGCCCUCCUCGUGUGUGUGUGUGUGCGCGCAUGCACACAUGGGUAUAUGUGUGUGUGUCGGAGGGAAAGCACACCUAACCUUCAUUCACUGCUUCCUCCAUUGGCAAGUUGAUGGUUCCAUGGGCAAGAGACUACCACCCACCAUUCCAUUGCAUUGGAACUCCCACAUGCCCACGUCACCCCACCCCAACCUGUGCCAAUGACAGUCACAGUUACUGGUUUGGCAGCCAUUGUCCCCUUGACAGCAAGUCUGGUGUGAGAGAGCACAAUGCCAUUCCCAGCCAAUGAUUGACUCAUAAACCAAACUGUACUGUUUCAGUGAGACAUUCCUGACAAUUGUUUUAGUUCAAAUCUGGGUCGCUCUUUCAAUGUAUAUUUGGACCAUAAGGUCACAGAGAUCAUGGACCAACACAAUCGUCGCUGUAGCCUGGGUAAACUAUGCUAUUCCUUUCCCCUGUGUAUGCGGAUUUCACUUAAAACCCAUAGGUUUUGCUUGUCUUAAAUAACAAAGUGCCUUUGCAUUGCUUAGACAGAGAUAGCACGUCCAGACUGGACCGACUGACCACUAAUCCUACCAUUGCUCUGUUACCUGGAUAGAGCGUAUUAUUUCAGGCAGCUCAGCUGUCAAACCGAGAUGCGAGGGGUGUUGUUUAGUGAUGUAGACAGCGCACUGCAGGACAAUUGACGUGAAGCAGUGACACAAAAAAAAAUCAAUAAAGAUUUUAUUGCAGAUUCCUGGGA